AUGCUGGUGAAGCAGCGCCUGAAGCUGAUCGACUUUGGCAUUGCCAAGAGGAUCGCCAGCAAUACGACCAACAUCAGCCGUGAGUCCUCCGUGGGGACCAUCAGCUACAUGGCUCCCGAGGCUGUGAAGCAGGGCGCGGUGAAGAUUGGGCGGCCCUCGGAUGUCUGGUCUUUGGGCAUCAUCCUGUACCAGAUGAUCUACAUGCGAGCGCCGUUUGCUCAUUUGGAUCCCAUGCAACGGCUUUUUGCCUUGACCGACCCCAACGUGUCCGUGGAGUUUCCGGCGUCGCAUCGUUUCGAGCAGCACUCCAAGGCCAUGAAGGACACCCUGCUGGAUGUUCUGCAGAGGCCGAGAACCGGUGCUCUUCGACCCCUUCGCUCUCUCACCCAGGCAUCCUUUCGUGCUGCGAGAAGAUGUGAGGUUAUCGCGAGCCUCCUUCGACCGCACCUUUGA